AUGCUUAUUCGCAUGGCUGUCGUGAAUAAUACCCCAUCUUCCGCUGCAGUGCUGCGCUCCUUGCUCGCUGUAGCCUCGUUGCAUCGCUCUGGACUACAGACACAGGCCGCUGAGCUUAAGAUUGCUGCGUUGAAAGCCCUAGGCGCCGCAUCAAAUCGAGAAAUUGAAACCAUGGAAACGCUCCAGCAUGUUGCGGCAGGGAUGCUCUUGUGCUCAUUUGAGAUUUAUCAAUCGUCAUGCACCUCUGGCCAAUGGCGAUCAUAUAUCAUAGGCGUUAAAAGCGUCAUCAAUGCCUCUUCUGGAAAAAAAUUGGCAAGAGACAGUGACUUUAAUGUCUUACUAGACUGGGUAUACUAUCAUGAUGUCCUAUCUCGUUUCAGUCUCACGCACUGGCAUCCGCCAGCGAUUGAGAGCACACUGAUGGACUUGGACGAGCCAGUCGACAUCCCUUUGCAGCCGGUGGAUACUCACGAACCCCGUAUCGAGAUGGCACACUCGAACCAAUCGCCGUUUAAUACAAUCCUGAAGCUCUUGGCGGAGGUUUGUAACCUAGUCGCCGCAAGACCAUCUCAGAUGAUCCCAUUCAAAGAGUUCGAUGAUUUCAAGAGCUAUCUUAAGGUCCUUGCAUGGAGAAUCCGGUCCAUUUCAAUCUCAAAUACAAUAGUUAACGAGUAUCCGGGUAUGGCGACCACUGUGGAACUCUUCCAAUUAGCCGCGCUUGUCUACCUCAACCGAGCAUUUGGACACAUCAUCGGAUCGGAAACUGAACAACGUAUUGAACGAGGUUUUGAUAUAUUGUCUCGGAUGACUUCAUGUGAGCGUCAAUUCCCACUACUCAUCUUGAGCUGUGAGGCGUGGACCGAUGCGGACAGGUGUACGGUCUUGGAUCUGAUCAGUAGGACAGAGAAGAGGGACUCCUCACGCUCCCUAUGCCUGACUAAGAAACUCAUCCAGGCUGUUUGGAUUCAAGAUGAUCUCUCACAGGGCCAGAUUGAGUACACGGAAAAGCUCAGUGCUAUUAUGAGCUGCUGCACUAUCUUGCCUACUUUCGUCUAA